AUGUUCCGACCGGAAUUGUUAACUGCUAUUGAAAGAGAUUCAAACAACUUAUCAUUAAUUUCCUCUUAUCAAAAUGAUGAUCUGAUUGAGAAAUUAAAAAUUCUGAACUUUGAAAACUUACUUUUAAAAGAAAUGAAAAUGAAGCCUUUAAGUAAAUUUUAUUUCAAUAAAGUGCGAAAUUCUGGAGAGCAAUUCUUUCUUUUUGUAUCUAUUGCUGCAUGGCUGGUUCGUGAAACUGGGAAAUCUUUUGAGCAGCCACAAGAAUUUGAUGAUCCAAAUGUGGUGAUUUCAAAAAUUAUCAAAUCUUUAAAUGAUAUGGAUAUUGCUACAGACUUUCAGUCAAAUAAACUUAUAUCUGGAGCUGGUCCCAUUUGUGUUUAUGUCCUUGAUUCUCUCGCUACAAAAGUUUUGAAACUUUCAACAGUUCAGGUUAACAAACCUCAAAUAAAAGCUGAAGAAAAUUCUUCACUUGAUAUUAUUGAUAAUGAUUCUGAAAUAAUUUUGGAGAAAUUGGAUGAACAAACUAUUUUAGAAAGUGAAAGUGAUGAUGAACGUGAAAGGAACUCUAUCUAUGAUCUGAAUUUAAAUGAGAGAAAAAGAAGCAAGUAUAAUAAAGAAAACAAAGUCAAUACAUUGGCAGACAAUGAAAAUUUCAGAUUGGAAAUGGAAAGAGUGUUACCUCAACUUAAAAUUGUUGUUAAAAGCGACAAUCGAGAUUGGAGAGCUCAUCUUGAACAAAUUAAGACUCUUAAGAGUAAUAUUGAAGCCGCAUCUGAAGAAGCACAAACUCAACUAAAGAAAAUGCAAAAUGAAAUAAUUUUCACAAUGGAUAAAAUUGAUAGCCGAGAAAAACAUCUUAAUAAAGAAUUAAAGGAUUUGAUAAAGGAGUAUAAACAAUUAUCAAUCGAACUAAUAAAAAUUAAUAAAGGAAUGAAAGAAAAUGAAGAAAUCAAAACUAAAAUGGAAGAUACAAUUACAAAACUUACAAAUGAGCUUGAAAAUGUUAAAAUUCAAAUGGAGCAACGCGGAAAUUCAAUGACAGAUGGAAGUCCUCUUAUUAAUAUAAAAAAGGCAGUUAUUCGAUUGAAAGAAGAAAUUUCGGAAUUAGAUAUCAAGAUUGGUGUAAUGCAACAUACAUUAACUAGUGAUAUAAUCAGAAGAAAGAAUCACUAUGCAGAGUUUGAUCUUGGAACAUCACAUGCUGCAUAAAAAAUUCAAUUCAAUAGUUUUGAUUAAUAUUCUUAAUAAUGUAGAAAUUGUAAGCGUCGUUAAAUAAAUUAAAGAUUUGUC